CACAAACAGCACGAAGCUUAUACGGGUCGGGUUUCAAACUUUCGGGUCAGAUUAAUUCGAUCCAGAUUGUCUCUGGCUUCUCUAACCUCUGUGUCUCUCUCUGCAAAAAUCGAGAUUCAGAGCAAGUACAGGCAAAAAAGAUCUCUGUUUUUUUUUUUAAAGAGGAAAAAAAUUUGAAACAAAAGGACUAAAAAGGAUAUAUAUCAAAGAUUUUGGUUUUGUCCGUAAAAAAAAACGGGAAUGGAAGGAGAUGUGUUGUCAGGAUUUGGAGACAGACACAAUGUGGAUGGUAAAUUGUUGCAGGGUUUCCAGAAGAGCUUUGUGGAUGUUCAAGACAUUUUGGAUCAGAACCGUUUACUGAUCAACGAGAUCAAUCAGAACCAUGAGUCCAAACAACCGGAUAAUUUGAGUAGAAACGUGGGAUUGAUUAAAGAGCUCAACAACAAUAUCAGAAGAGUGGCUAGCCUUUACGGUGACCUCUCUCAUUCUUUUGCAAGAUCAGUUGAUGCUUCAUCAGAAGGUGAAUCUAGUGGUACUUUGAAAUCUGAUGGGAAAGCUAACCAAAAGAGAUUUAGAUCCGGUUAGUAUAUUUUGUUUAUCAAGAACACCAAAGGUUGAUUUAUAUUCAGAGCUAAUUUGAGUGAGAGGAGAAAAGAAGUAGAGUUCUACUAUUGUAAUAUCUUUUGUUGAAAUGAUAGUGUUACAUCCUACAUAUCAAAGUUGAUUUUCAAUUCUAAAAGAGCUCUUCUUAAGUUA